GCGCAAUAGGCGCUGCGGCGGGAGGAGCGAGCGCACACCCGCGCCCUCGUCCUCGCAGCGCCCCCAGGGCAACCUCCGCUCUCCACAAACCCGGCGCCCGCUCCGCCGCCGGCCCAUCGGCCCGCGCCGUCGCCGUGCCGGUCUAGCUCUCGCCGCCGUCUCCACGCCUCCCGCUCCGCCGACGUCACGCCGGGCGCCAACGCGCAGCUGCGAGCGCGGGGCGCGCGUCCCUUCCGGCUCGCCGUAGCAGGCGCCCCGCCGCUUCCUCCGGCCGGGCCCCGGAUGUGUCGAGCGGAACGGCGCCGACUGGGCCUGGUCCCCAGCCCCAGCCCGACGUGGAGGAGCGCGGCCCAGACCCGGGGAGAGCAUCAAGUUGGAUACAAAAGGAGGGCGACCAUGCACCAUGGCAGCGGCCCUCAGAACGUCCAGCACCAGCUGCAGAGGUCCAGGGCCUUCGCCGGCAGCGAAGGAGAAGAGCAGCAGGCCCGUCCCAACCCCCCGCAGUCCCCCGCCACGCCCUUUGCGCCGGCGGCGAGCCCGUCCGCGCCCCAGUCCCCCGGUUACCAAGUUCAGCAGCUGAUGAACCGCAGCCCCGUGGCUGGGCAGAGCGUGAACAUCGCCCUUCAGAAUGUGGGGCCGGUGGUGGGAGGGAACCCCCAGAUCACACUGGCCCCUCUGCCGCUGCCCAGCCCCGCUUCUCCGGGAUUCCAGUUCAGUGCGCAGCAGAGGCGGUUUGAGCACGGGUCUCCAUCGUACAUCCAGGUCACCUCGCCGCCGUCCCAGCAGGUGCAGACGCAGAGCCCUGCCCAGCCCAGCGCCGGGCCGGGACCGGGCCUGCAGAGCGUGCGGGCGGGCGCCCCGGGCCCCGGCCUGGGCCUGUGCAGCAGCAGUCCCACCGGGGGCUUCGUGGACGCCAGUGUGCUGGUGAGACAGAUCAGCCUGAGCCCGUCCAGUGGCGGCCACUUCGUGUUCCAGGAGGGCUCGGGCCUGGCGCAGAUGGCCCCGGGCGCCCAGGUUCAGCUGCAGCACCCGGGGGCGCCCAUCACGGUCAGAGAACGGAGACUCUCGCAGCCCCACGCGCAGUCGGGGGGCACCGUCCACCACCUGGGACCUCAGAGCCCCGCGGCCGCAGGCGGGGCCGGCCUGCAGCCCCUGUCCAGCCCCGGCCCCAUCACCACGACGAGCUUGCCGCCCCAGAUCAGCAGCAUCAUCCAGGGGCAGCUGAUCCAGCAGCAGCAGGCGCUGCAGGGGCCUCCGCUGACCAGGCCUCUGCUCCCCGGCGUCGGGGUCGGGGGGACUUCGGCGUUUGGGAUGACGUCCCCACCGCCCCCCACCAGCCCUUCCAGGACCGCAGCGCCCCCAGGCCUCUCCAGCCUUCCUGUCCCAUCUGCGGGGAGCGCGGGGAUAAGAAAGGCUCCCAGGAAACUGGAAGAGAUCCCCCCGGCCUCCCAGGAGCUGGCUCAGAUGAGGAAGCAGUGCCUGGACUACCACUGCAGGGAGAUGGAGGCUCUGAAGGCGGCCUUCAGGGAGUGCUUGAUCGAGCUGUUCUUCCUGCAGCACCUUCAGGGAAACAUGAUGGAUUUCUUAGCUUUUAAGAAGAAGCACUAUGCCCCGUUACAGGCUUACCUUAGGCAGAAUGAUUUGGACCUGGAGGAAGAGGAGGAAGAGGAGGAGGAGGAGGAGGAAGAGAAGUCGGAGGUUAUCAAUGAUGAGGUAAAGGUUGUGACAGGAAAGGAUGGGCAGACUGGUACUCCUGUUGCUAUAGCAACCCAGCUUCCUCCAAAUGUUUCUGCUGCUUUUUCAUCCCAGCAGCAACCAUUUCAGCAGCAAGCCCUUGCAGGGACCCUGGUGGCAGGGGCUGGCAGUAUGAUCGAAACGGACCCCUUUAAGAGGCAGCAGGCGGGACCUCCGGCAGAGCAGUCUAAGAGACCUCGACUCGAAGUGGGUCACCAAGGGGUAGUUUUCCAGCACCCAGGGGUGAAUACAGGAGUUCCUCUCCAGCAGUUAAUGCCGACAGUUCAAGGGGGAAUGCCGCCCGCGCCGCAGGCCGCUCAGCUCGCCGGCCAGAAGCAGAGCCAGCAGCGGUACGACCCCUCCACGGGGCCCCCGGUGCAGAACGCCGCCAGCCUGCACACGCCGCCGCCGCAGCUGCCCGCCAGGCUGCCCGCGGCCGGCCUCCCCGCCGCGCCCCUGCCGCCGGCGCUGCAGUUCCCCCCGCAGCCGCAGACGGCGGAGCCGCAGACCCCGCUUCCGGUGCCGGUGAAGACGCAGCCGCCAAACGCCCCCGCCCCGGCGCCCCCGCCCGGCCAGCUCCCCGCGGCCCUCCACGUCCCGGUGCCCGCGAAGGCGCAGAUGCAGGCCCCUCCGCUCCCGUCGCAGCCGCAGACGGCGGCGCCGCCCAGACCGCCCGUGGACCCCGCCCAGCCCUGCCCGCGGCCCCUGCCCUCCGCCUCCUCUGCCUCGACCAGUGCCUCCGCCGGUGGCUCAGGCCCGGGGCCUUCGCCUGCACGGGCCUCCCCGGUGAACAGACCCUCCCCAGCAGCCAAGUCGCUGUCUCCGGUCAUCGCCCGCUCCCCGGGGGCAGCUGUGUCGGCGCCCCCGAAACCACAGAGCCCCGCUCAGAAUGCCGCCGCGCCCCACGACGGCUCUCAGGACAAGCUGGCAGAACAGAUAGCGCUGGAGAACCAGAUCCAUCAGCGGAUAGCAGAUCUAAGGAAAGAAGGCCUGUGGUCCCUCAGGCGGCUGCCCAAGCUGCAGGAGGCGCCGCGGCCCAGAUCGCACUGGGACUGCCUGCUGGAGGAGAUGCAGUGGAUGGCCGCAGACUUCGCCCAGGAGAGGCGGUGGAAGGUGGCCGCUGCCAAGAAGCUUGUCAGAACUGUAGUGCGUCAUCAUGAAGAGAAGAAGCUUCGGGAGGAAAGGGGAAGGAGAGAAGAACAGAACCGAUUGAGAAGAAUAGCUGCGUCAACUGCUAGAGAAAUAGAAUAUUUUUGGUCAAAUAUUGAACAGGUUGUGGAAAUAAAACUACAAGUAGAAUUAGAAGAAAAAAGGAAAAAGGCUUUAAAUUUCCAGAAAGUUUCCCGGAAAGGUAAAGAGUCGAGACCUACAGGGCUUGAUGCGUUACGGGAGAACUUUGUGGAUUCGGGGAUACCUGGAAGAAAAAGAAAAGCAAGCACAUCUUUAACCGAUGAUGAAGUGGAAGAUGAGGAGGAGACGAUUGAAGAGGAAGAAGCGAUUGAGGGGGUUGUGGAUCACCAAACAGAGCUAUUGAAUUUAGCCAAAGAAGCUGAAUUGCCCUUAAUUGAUUUGAUGAAGUUGUAUGAAGGUGCCUUUCUGCCGAAUUUCCAGUGGCCCCAACCUAAACCUGACAGUGAAGAGACAAGUGAAGACGAAGACAUGGAAGACUGCUCAGGUGACCGAGAGAGCCGGAAGGAUGUGGUUCUCAUCGACUCGCUGUUCAUCAUGGACCAGUUUAAAGCCACAGAGAGAGUGGUUGUCGGGAAGCCUCACACAAAGGACAUCGCGGAAGUGACCGCUGUGGCCGAAGCCAUCCUGCCCAAGGGCAGUGCUCGGAUCAGCACCGCGGUGAAGGUGAGCGCGCCGGCGCUUCUGUAUGGCGCCCUCAGAGAUUACCAGAAGAUUGGCCUGGAGUGGCUGGCCAGGCUCUACCGGAAGAGCCUCAAUGGCGUGUUGGCCGAUGAGGCUGGGCUUGGCAAAACAGUGCAGAUCAUUGCUUUUUUUGCGCACCUAGCCUGUAACGAAGGCAACUGGGGCCCUCAUCUGGUCGUUGUGAGGGGCUGUAACAUACUCAAGUGGGAGCUCGAACUGAAGCGCUGGUGUCCGGGGCUCAAAACGCUCUUGUAUGUUGGCAGCCGUAGAGAACUCAAGGCAAAGAGACAGGGGUGGACAGAGCCCAACCGCUUCAACGUCUGCAUCACGUCCUACAAGCAGUUCUUCAAGGGCUACGCGUCCUUCACGCGGGUGCGCUGGAAGUGCCUGGUCAUCGACGAGAUGCAGCGCGUGAAGGGCAUGACCGAGAGGCACUGGGAGGCCGUGUUCACCCUGCAGAGCCAGCAGCGUCUCCUGCUCAUCGACGCCCCCCUGCACAACACCUUCCUGGAGCUGUGGACCAUGGUGCACUUCCUCGUCCCAGGCCUUUCCAGGCCCUACCUGCACUUCCCCCUGAAGGCCCCCAGCGAGGAGAGCCAGGACUACUACCACAAAGUGGUCAUCCGGCUGCACCGGGUGACACAGCCCUUUAUUUUGCGGAGAACUAAGAGAGAUGUGGAGAAGCAGCUAACGAAGAAAUACGAGCACGUCCUGAAGUGCCGCCUCUCCAGUCGACAGAAGGCCUUGUACGAGGAUGUCAUCCUGCAGCCGGGGACGCAGGAAGCACUGAAGAGCGGACACUUUGUGGACGUGCUGCGCCUCCUCCUGCGGCUGCAGCGCAUCUGCAACCACCCCGGGCUGGUGGCGCCCCGGCUCCCGGAGUCCUCCUACUCGGCGGGGCCGCUGCACUACCGCUCGGCCUCGCUCAUCCUGAAGGCGCUCGACGGAGACUUCUGGAAGGAAACCGACCUUUCUAUAUUUGACCUUAUUGGCUUAGAAAAUAAAAUGACUCACCACGAGGCGGAACUGCUGGGUAAGAGGAAGGUGACACGGAAGCUCUUCGAGGACCUGCUCACCGCGCCGCCUCCGUCGGGCAGGCCAACGGCCGUCAGACUGAAGCCCGGCAGGUUGUUUCAGCCCGUGCAGUACGGCCAGAAGCCCGAGGGCCGCACCGUGGCUUUCCCCAGCACACACCCGCCCCGGACGGCCACGCCCACAGCCACUGCCACGCCGCAGGGCCACGUUCGAGGACGGCCGCCCAUCGCCACGUUCUCUGCAAAUCCGGAUGCAAAAGCGCCAGCAGCCCCGUUUCAGACCUCUCAGGCCUCCACCGGUGCUCCGAGACACCCGCCCGCCUCGACCUUCAGCACAGCACCUAGCCCAGCCCAUCCUGUGAAACUGCGGGCUCCAACCGCUGCCCCGGCCUCCGCCCCGGGCCCGCCCCAGCCCCCGGCCCCGGCCCCCUCGCACGCGGCCGGGCAGGGCGCGCCGCCCCAGGGGCUGGUGCUCACCUCGCAGGCCCAGGCGCGCCUGCCUAGUGGGGAGGUGGUCAAAAUAGCCCAGCUGGCUUCCCUCGCGGGCCCGCCGAGCCGAGUCGCCCAGCCGGAGAGCCCCGUGACGCUUCAGUUCCAGGGCAACAAGUUCACCUUGUCACAUAGCCAGCUGCGGCAGCUGACAGCCGGCCAGCCCCUGCAGCUCCAAGGCAGCGUCCUCCAGAUUGUGUCCGCGCCCGGGCAGUCCUACCUGCGACCUCCAGGCCCCGUGGUGAUGCAGACAGUGUCUCAGGCGGGGGCCCUGAACGCCCUGGGAAGCAAGCCCCCGGCCGGCGGCCCAAGCCCCGCGCCCAUGACCCCGCCAGUGGGUGUGCCCGGCCGAGUGGCAGUCAGUCCCCUGGCCGCAGGAGAACCUGGAGUGGCCUCCAAGCCAGCCUCUCCCGUCGCCGGGCCGACCCAGGAGGAAAAGACCAGACUUUUGAAAGAGCGGCUGGACCAGAUUUAUUUUGUCAACGAACGGCGCUGCUCUCGCAUCCCCGUCUAUGGCAGAGACCUGUUGGGGGUUUGUUCCCUGCCCGGCAGAGGGCAGGUGCUUUGGCUCGGGGCUCCUGACGGAGGUCAUGGGAAGGGGGCUGGGCCCGCGAGCCGGUACACGCCACCCUCGACAAGUCACAGGGACCUGAUUUUGUCGCUGACUCAACGUCAGGAAUCCCUCCAGGACGUCAUGGACAGGGGACGUGGGUUCGAUCCAUGGUCCGGGAAGUUUUGCAUGCCGCUCAGUAAGGCCAAGAAAAGAGAGAGAGAGAGACAAACAGAAGCCCAGAUGCUGUUGGGGCCCACCGGCCGUAUCAGCCCCUCCCCCGCCAGACCCAGGGUGGUGUGCGUGAUCCCGCCAGUGGUGGCCGCGCCCCCAUGCUUGUGGGUGGCAAGGCCACCCUCCCGCUACAGCCACAAGAUGAGGCUCUUCAGACACUGCCUGCGGGAGCACAUGGCGCCCUUCGCCCAGCAGCUGCAGCGGGUGACAGCUCUGCGCUCACUGCGGUUUCCCGAGCUGAGACUGGUCCAGUUUGACUCAGGAAAGCUGGAAGCGUUAGCUAUCUUACUUCAAAAGUUGAAAUCUGAAGGACGUCGAGUGCUGAUUUUAUCGCAGAUGGUUCUCAUGUUAGACAUUUUAGAAAUGUUCUUGAACUUCCAUUAUCUCACCUAUAUAAGAAUUGACGAAAACGCCAACAGUGAACAACGGCAGGACCUGAUGAGGAGUUUCAACCGGGACCGGCGAGUCUUCUGUGCCCUCCUUUCCACACACAGUCGCGCCACGGGCGUGAGCCUGGUGGAGGCAGACGCGGUGGUGUUCUACGACCACGACCUCAACCCGGUGAUGGACGCCAAGGCCCAGGAGUGGUGCGACCGGAUCGGGCGGCGCAAGGACGUGCACAUAUACAGGCUCGUGAGUGGCAAUUCUAUUGAAGAGAAAUUGUUGAAAAAUGGAACCAAAGAUUUGAUCCGAGAAGUGGCUGCUCAGGGAAACGACUACUCCAUGGCGUUCCUCACGCAGCGGACGAUCCAGGAGCUGUUUGAGGUUUAUCCACCCAUGGAUGACACUGGCUUCCCGGUGAAAGCCGAGGAGUUUGUCGUCCUUUCUCAGGAACCUUCUGUCACAGAAACCAUCGCACCCAAAAUUGCCAGACCUUUCAUAGAGGCCCUCAAGAGCAUCGCGUGUCUGGAGGAGGAGGACGCGCUCGAGCCGGCAGAGGAGUUGGCGCCCGGGUCUCGGCCCCCAGACGGUUCCCGGUGGGACGAGGAGCCCUCGCCGCUGGAGGAGUUAGCGGACUUCAUGGGGCAGCUCACACCAAUUGAAAAAUACGCUUUGAAUUACCUGGAAUUAUUCCAUACUUCCACUGAUCAAGAAAAGGAGAGAACUAGUGAGGGCGCCGUGCUGGCGGCCGUGGGCGAGUGGGAGGCCCGGAACGCGCGGAGCCUGCGGGAGCGGGAGGCCAGGGCGCGGCGCGAGCAGGAGCAGGAGGAGCUGCUCACCUACACCCGGGAGGACGCCUGUGGCGCGGAAUUCGUGUGUGAGGGCGCCGACGGGCAGACGGAGGUCAUGCCGCUUUGGACGCCGCCCACGCCCCCCCAGGACGACAACGACAUCUACAUCGACUCGGUCAUGUGUCUCAUGUACGAAACCACUCCCAUCCCGGAGUCCAAGCUGCCGCCCGUGUACGUGAGGAAGGAGCGCCGGAGACACAAGACGGACCCCUCAGCCGCAGGCAGGAAGAAGAAGCAGCGUCACGGGGAGGCCGUGGUGCCCCCGCGGUCGCUGUUUGACCGCGCCACGCCCGGCAUGCUGAAGGUUCGCCGGGAGGGGAAGGAGCAGAAGAAGAACAUCCUGCUGAAGCAGCAGACCCAGUUCGCCAAGCCUCUGCCGACCUUCGCCAAGCCGGCCGCCGAGGCUGCGCCCGACAACCCUGAGUGGCUCAUCAGCGAGGACUGGGCGCUGCUGCAGGCCGUGAAGCAGCUCCUCGAGCUGCCGCUGAACCUCACGAUCGUGUCCCCGGCCCACACGCCCAACUGGGACCUCGUCAGCGACGUCGUCAACUCCUGCAGCCGCAUCUACCGCUCCUCCAAGCAGUGCCGGAGCCGCUACGAGAAUGUGCUCAUCCCGAGGGAGGAGGGGAAGAGUAAGAACAACCGUCCUCUGCGCACGGGCCAGAUGUACGCUCAGGACGAGAACGCCACGCACACCCAGCUGUACACGAGCCACUUUGACCUGAUGAAGAUGACUGCGGGCAAGAGGAGCCCCCCCAUCAAGCCUCUGCUUGGCAUGAAUCCCUUUCAGAAAAACCCCAAGCACGCUUCUGUGUUGGCAGAAAGUGGAAUCAACUACGACAAACCGCUGCCUCCUAUUCAGGUCGCAUCACUCCGGGCGGAGCGCAUCGCCAAGGAGAAAAAGGCGCUGGCCGACCAGCAGAAGGCGCAGCCGCCGCCCGUGGCGCAGCCGCCGCCGCCGCCGCCCCAGCCGCAGCCGCCGCCCCCGCAGCCGCCCCCGCCGCUGCCCCAGCCCCCAUCGGCCGGCAGCCAGCAGCCCGCGGGGCCGCCCGCCGUCCAGCCCCAGGCCCAGGCGCAGCCCCCGGCGCAGCCCACGCCGCCCCCGCCGAAGGCGCCCCCCGCGAUCACGACGGUGGGCAGCGCUGCAGUGCUGGCAGGAACCAUCAAGACAUCCGUCACAGGGACAAGCAUGCCCACGGGCGCGGUGAGCGGGAACGUGAUCGUGAACACCAUCGCCGGCGUCCCCGCCACCACCUUCCAGUCCCUUAACAAGCGCCUCGCCUCACCCGUGGCACCUGGAGCCUUGACUACCUCGGGAGGCUCUGCUCCUGCCCAGGUGGUCCACACGCAGCCUCGAGCAGUUGGGUCCCCGGCCACGGCCACGUCCGACAUGGUGUCCCUGGCACCGACUCAGGGCGUUCGAGCGGUCACCUCGGUGACGGCCUCGGCUGUGGUCACUACCAGCCUGACCCCGGUGCAGACCCCAACGCGGUCUUUGGUGACUCAAGUGUCCCAAGCCACAGGGGUCCAGCUGCCGGGGAAAACCAUCACGCCCGCGCACUUCCAGCUCCUGCGGCAGCAGCAGCAGCAGGCGGCCUCUCAGGUGCAGGUCCCGCAGAUCCAGGCCCAGGCCCAGGCGCCGGCGCAGAUCAAGGCAGUGGGCAAGUUGACACCGGAGCACCUGAUCAAAAUGCAGAAGCAGAAACUGCAGCUGCCCCAGCAGGCGCCCCCGGCACAGGCCCCGCCGGGGCCCCCGCAGCCAACGGCGCAAGUGCAGGUGCAGCCCCCGCAGCCCACGCAGCCGCAGAGCCCCCAGCUCACCACGGUCACGGCCCCGAGGCCCGGCGCCCUGCUCACGGGCACCACCGUGGCCAACCUCCAGGUGGCCCGGCUCACCCGGGUCCCCACUUCACAGCUGCAGGCUCAAGGGCAGAUGCAGGCCCCGGCGCCCCAGCCAGCCCAGGUGGCACUGGCGAAGCCCCCGGUGGUGUCGGUGCCCGCAGCCGUGGUCUCCUCGCCGGGCGUCACGACGCUGCCCAUGAACGUUGCUGGGAUCAGUGUGGCCAUCGGGCAGCCACAGAAAGCCGCAGGGCAGACUGUCGUGGCCCAGCCUGUGCACGUCCAGCAGCUGCUGAAGCUCAAGCAGCAAGCCGUCCAGCAGCAGAAGGCCAUCCAGCCGCAAGCCGCCCCGGGCCCGGCCGCCGUCCAGCAGAAGAUCACGGCACAGCAGAUUGCUGCUCAGGGCCAACCACAGAAGGUCACCUAUGCCACCCAGCCAGCCCUUAAAACCCAGUUUCUCACCACGCCCAUCUCCCAGGCCCAGAAACUGGCUGGGACCCAGCAAGUGCAGACCCAGAUCCAGGUUGCGAAACUCCCUCAAGUCGUCCAGCAGCAGACACCCGUGGCCAGCAUCCAGCAGGUUGCCUCUGCUUCCCAACAGGCUUCCCCGCAGACCGUGACCCUCACCCAGGCCACAGCAGCCGGGCAGCAGGUCCAGAUGAUCCCCGCAGUGACAGCGACAGCACAGGUGGUCCAGCAGAAGCUCAUGCAGCAGCAAGUCGUGACCACGGCGGCGGCCCAGCUGCAGACCCCCGGGGUUCCCAGCCCAGCCCAGGUGCCGGCCAGCUCCGACAGCCCGAACCAGCAGCCCAAGCUCCAGAUGAGAGUCCCUGCCGUCAGGCUAAAGACACCCACCAAGCCUCCGUGCCCCUAGUCGGGAGAGCGGGGCGGCCCCAGGCGGGCCACCCGUGCCUUCCACCGUCCCGCCAAGAUGGGGUGGACUUUAUCUACUGAAGCCCAGGACAGUGUCGUGCAGGGUGUUGAGCACCUGGAGCAGCGAUCCUCAGCGAACACCCCCUUUCAUGUGUUAUGUGACUGAUUGAAAAAGUGACAGUGGCAAUUUCUCCUAGAUGUUUUACCUUUUAGUUUCUCCUCCAGAGCAGUAGUGCUGGGUCUUGAAAGCCAUUUAGAAUUUCUCUGUGAGUGUACAGUGUUUUUUGCACAUCACAAGUAGCCAUUUGGAAGGUGCAGUGAGUCAUAAAAUAGACCUUAUGAGGCUAAAA